GAGCAGCACAACAUGAAGCUGCGACUCACACAUCAAACGGAGAAAAAUCCACAUGAGAGCUGCACAAACACAACUACAACAGUGCAUGGAAACUUUCUCAUUUCAUUUUUAUAUCCAGCAGGGAUUUUGUGGCUGGGACAGACUCACAUGCGCGAGAGUUUGCUUUAGAUGAGUUUAUAAAGCGCUGCGCUGGUUUCUAAUGGGACGUUUGCUCGUGCUGGGAUGUGCACUAUGGAGUCUGCACGCGAGUAAGUAGGUGACUUUCAGAAGUUCUAAACAUAUUUCAGGUCCAUUGCUUUAAAAAAAUUAUGUUUUGCUUGCUAUCAGUUCUACACUUUGUGAUGGACAGAUAGAUUUCACAGAACCCGGGAAGAAACGAGUGUUGCGCGAGUUCUCUUUUUAUUUUUCACGGCAAGUCGAUGGUCACUAGAAAAAAAUAGGUGCAAUCUGAUAGAGUGAGGAAGGGACAGAAAGAGAAAGAGAGAAUCAAAAAAGAGCAAAAGCGCGCUCCGUUUUUGCAGGACACUAUCAUGAGUUUGGUAGGAGGCUUUCCUCACCACCCGGUCGUGCACCAUGACGGCUACUCGUCCUCCUUCGCCGCAGCAGCUGCAGCCGCCGCCGCAGCGAGCCGCUGUCAUGAGGAAAGCCCUUAUUUCCACGGGUGGCUUAUCGGACACGCGGACAUGUCGCCGCCGCCGGACUACGGCAUGGCGCCUUCAUCCUACAGCCCCGAAUACAGCGCCAAUAACGCUGCCGGCGGUGUGUGCGCGCCCGGGCCUGGCUUGGAGCACGGGCCCUACGGAGCAGGCGGCGCGGGAGCACUCGUACCGGGCAUGAUGGUGGUGCCGCGCGCCGUGAAGCGGAGGCCCACGGCGAACCGGAAGGAGAGACGCAGGACUCAGAGCAUCAACAGCGCGUUCGCCGAGCUGCGCGAGUGCAUCCCUAACGUGCCCGCAGACACCAAGCUGUCCAAGAUAAAAACGUUGCGCCUCGCCACCAGCUACAUCGCCUACCUCAUGGACAUCCUGGACAAACACGAGCAGCACGGCGGCGGCGAGACGGAGGCCUUCAAGGCCGAGUUCAGGAAGGCGGACUCCAAAGAGGAGAGGAGGAAGAAAGAAACGAAUGAAGUUUUGAAAUGUUCAGGGAGCAGCAAUGACAAGAAACCCAAAGGGAGAACUGGUUGGCCGCAACACGUCUGGGCUUUGGAACUGAAACAGUGAACUUAAGAAACCUUGAAUUGAGGCCUUUUUUCUUGUCAUGUUUUUUUUUUUACACUAACUUUAUUUAAUGGAAUAUUUAUGUGCAAUUUCUACGGACAGUGGAUCCUUGAAGACAAAACAAAAAAAAAAACAUUCCAUUUUUAAGAGGAGGAUGCCCCUCUUGGUAAGGGAUUGUGUUAUUGUUGUUGUUGCUAUUGUUGUCUAGUUUGUGGUGAACGUCUGCCACUAAAGUGAAAGCGUAGGUCUUCUCUCUUUCUCCUUCCAUUUCUCUGAAAAGAAAAAAAAAUAUAUCGAGGGAGUGAUGAACCCAUUAGAAAUAACGUUUUAUUUGGAGAAAGACAACAACAAAAAAAUGUCAUGAAGUGUUGAAAUGUUGUGUUUUGUUGUGGUCGUAUAUAUAGGAAUCUCUCUGGUCGUGUUUGAGAACUAAUGUUGAGUCCACUCAAGUGCACUUCCGUCCAGACACCAGAAGUUUAUUAAGAAACAAAAAAUAUCUGAAGAUGUAAACGAUGUAAUUAAUUCAAUAAACCACUGUGUUUUAAAUGA